UCCUUCGUACUACCGUCAACGAUCCGCUCAGCGAUGGCAGCCUCGUCCACAGCUGCCGCCUCAAGGCUAAUCAUACCAGCCGAAGCCUCUCUCCUGCCUAAUCAGGCUAUCCACGAGCCUCCCAAAGACGCUCAUUACCUCUCGGCAGCCGAUGAUCUCAUCGAACGCUUUCAGCUCGAAGACUCGUACCAUGUUCUACUUCACCCUUUCCGCAAAGACCUUCACAAGGGCAAGCGACCCCCGCCUGGAGAUGGAGAAGAUGUGGAUGAGGAUGACUCGAAGCCACAAGCUGGCAAGGAAGCGCAGUCUCGGCUCCCUGACGCUCAGAAGGACGAGUCGGCCGGAUCGACAUCUGAUGCUCCGCCCCCACCGGCCAAUCUAGCCAGGAGCUACGAGCACUUCCUCCCUCCUUUCCUCCCCGGCCGAAUUCGUCCUAUGAAACCUCCUCGCAAGCGACAGACCAUCAAUCGUCGUCAGGCGCUGCAGAAUAUUGCCGAAUCGCAACAGGCAGGUAGUGGUGGAGAAGCGCAGAUUAAAAGUCGCGAUCGAGAGCUGGCGAAGAAGGAUGAGGAGUGGGAAAGGUUCAAGCAGACGCUUAGGAGGGUGGUGUAUAAGCCUGAGUACACGCCGGCAGAUAUCAGGCCGUUGGAAGAUGAUGCGAUGAAGGGUUUCCGCGUACAGGCGGGCGAGGUGGAAGAGAUCGAUCGCUCCCUACUCGAGGCUGAUCCUCCUCCGGGGUCUGUUCAGGUCAGGAAAAAGAAGAAGAAGGCUCAGGGAGGAAAUUCCACCCCGCUUGCGAGACCACAGAACAAUGGCAACUAGGGAGGAAAUCGAUGCAAGGAAGAUUCAUAUGUACUCUACACUCAUACCCUCUUUCCUCUACUUUCGUACUACGUUUUUGCUUCUCCGCUUGCGGGUCCAGAGUCACUCCCUUUCCCUAUCCUACCACUGCCUCUAUCGGAUCUCGCACCUCGCGGGCCUCGCCCACCACCUCCGCUGCCUCUUCCUCCUCUGCCCUGCCCCGCUGUCCCACCAGUAGCCAUGCCUAGGCCUACAGCGCUUCUUUGAGGUCCACUGAGGCGCUCGCUUCCACUUUGUAAGCUCACUGUUA